GUCCGUCUUCUGCGCGUGGGCUUAGCUCGGCAAGAUGGCGGCUCCUAGCUGUAGUGCGCUUGGCGUCUGGGUCCGGGGUUCCUGGCAGCGUCUGGGGGAUCUCUUCACUUUCGUCUCAAAGCCACUUUGUUCCGCUGCUGCUGCCUCUCGGCCCCUGGAUGCCCAGCGAUUAGCGGAGAGGCUUCGAGCCCAGAAACAGGAACAAAAGACGAAGAAGCCGGUGCCCACAAACCCUGUUCAAAGGAGAGUGCAAGAACUACUGCGGUUCACAGAGCAGCUGCAGCGCGUCCACCCCAACGUGCUUGCUAAGGCGCUGAGCCGAGGACUUAUCCACCAGGACAAGGACCUUGUGGUCAUCAAUAAGCCCUACGGUCUCCCUGUGCAUGGUGGCCCUGGGGUCCGGCUCUGCAUCAGUGAUGUACUGCCUGUCCUGGCGAAGAUGCUUCACGGCCACAAGGCAGAGCCCUUGCAUCUGUGCCAUCGGCUGGACAAGGAAACUACAGGCGUAAUGGUGUUGGCUUGGGAAAAAGACGUGGCGCAUCAAGUCCAAGAGUUGUUUAGAACCCGUCAGGUGACAAAGAAGUACUGGGCCAUCACGAUGCGCGUCCCGGUGCCCUCAGCGGGAGUCGUGGACAUUCCCAUCGUUGAGAAGGAGGUGCAGGGCCAGGAACGACACCACAAGAUGACGCUGUCCCCGAGCUACUGCAUGGACAAUGGGAAGAUGGUGAGGGUACGGACCAGCAGGAACGCACACCUGGCUGUGACUCAGUACCGGGUGCUGAGCAGCACCCUCUCCUCCGCCCUCUUGGAGCUCCAGCCUGUUACCGGAAUAAAACAUCAGCUUCGAGUUCACCUGUCUUUUGGAUUGGAUUGCCCGAUCCUUGGUGACCACAAGUACUCAGACUGGAACAGGCUGGCCCCCCAGAAGCUGUCCGCCUGCAUCCUGAAGAAGCUGGGGCUGCGGCAGUCCAAGGCCCGUCACAUCCCCCUUCACCUGCAUGCCUGCCAGCUGACUCUGCCUGCCCUGCAGGCCGGGAAGGAGGAACUCAACUUGGUCUGCAAGCCUCCUCGAUAUUUUGUCCAUUCCCUGCGCCGUCUGGGCUUAAAGAUGCCGAGUCGGGAUCAAAAUGGGGACAAGGAAGCCACACACUCAGGAGCACAGUGAAGACAGUUGGGCAGUUUGCCCUGAAUUCUUCUCUCUGUUUAAGGGACUCUGCUAACUUCUCACUUGGGACAGACUCCAGAAGAGCCAGGUGUGAUGAGUUGAAGAAACAGCUGCUUCAGGGCUCUUACUGGGGACUAGUGUCUGUUUUUCGACACUCUGGCCACAUGCUGGAAAAGCCAGCAGGCAGUCUCCCUGCUUCAGAGUGGAAGAGAGCUCAGGACCAGGAGAACUAAAGCACAGAAUCUGUGAUCAGGAACUGUUUUUACCCAACAAUAAAGCUCUUGGUCUGUCAGGAAAGUUCCUGUGGUUGGAGAGAACAUAAUGGUGGUCUAGCUCAUAGAGAUUCAGAAGCAGCUUCUGCUGUCCUCGUGGAGCUGCAGGAUCUAUCAGCAAAGCCUUCCUGCUUUAUUUGUUCAGUCUCAGAUUUUGUAGCCAGCGAUCAUAGACUACAAGGAUUCCCUUCAGCCUCCGCUCGGGCCCCUUACUGUGCUAGUGACUGUGGAGCCUGCGAAGGGGUGUUCAGUGAGCAAGCAAAGCAGGUGUAAAUGGCAGGCAGGUAACAAAAACGAGUGGAGCAAGCAGGGUGUAAGGCCAUGUGGGGAGCACCCACCUGUCUAAAGAGGGCAGUUGUUAGCUCCAGCUGAGGGUUGCUCUGUGGGAACAGAUCUUCUAACUUUUUAAAUUAUUUAUUUAUUUAUUUGGCUAUACCAGGUCUUAGUUGCGGCACGCGGGAUCUUUGUUAUGGCAUGCGGGAUCUUUAGCUGUGGCAUGCGAACUCUUAGUUGUGGCAUGUGGGAUCUAGUUCCCUGACCAGGGAUCAAAUCCGAGCCCACUGCAUUGGGAGUGCAGAGUCUUAACCACUGGACCACCAGGGAAGUCCUAACUUUUUUCAGAGAGUCAGGAAACCCAGAUAUUUAUGUGAAAUCUCCCAGUAUAUUGCUAACUAAAUCAGAAGUUUUAAAAAGACACUUGGAUAGCCAAGCAGGACAUAUUUGUAGGUUGGAUUUGGUCUGCAGGCUGCCUGUUUGCAAUCUAAAGAAUGUUGUAGGGCUUCCCUCGUGGCGCAGUGGCUGAGAGUCCACCUGCCAAUGCAGGGGAUACAGGUUCGUGCCCCGGUCCGGAAAGAUCCCAAAUGCCGUGGAGCGGCUGGGCCCGUGAGCCAUGGCCGCUGAGCCUGCACGUCCGGAGCCUGUGCUCCGCAACAGGAGAGGCCACAGCAGUGAGAGGCCUGCGUACCGCAAAAAAAAAAAAAAAAAAAAAAAGAA